CCCGCCCGCUCAGAGCCGAUCGGAGCCCUGCGGCCCCGGCUUGGGCGCGACCCCGGCCAGCGGAGGCGCCGAGAGCCAGCGGAGGUUUGUGCGGGCUAUGCUGAGACGGGUUACGGCCACCGGGGCCCGAGCCAUCGUGGACAUGUCGUACGCCCGUCACUUCCUGGACUUCCAGGGCUCGGCUAUCCCGCGGGCCAUGCAGAAGCUGGUGGUGACCCGGCUGAGCCCUAACUUCCGCGAGGCCGUCACCCUGCGCCGGGACUGUCCGGUGCCACUCCCCGGGGACAGUGACCUCCUCAUCCGGAACCGAUUUGUCGGUAUUAACGCAUCUGACAUCAACUAUUCAGCUGGCCGCUAUGACCCUUCGGUGAAGCCCCCCUUUGACAUAGGUUUUGAAGGGAUCGGUGAUGUGGUUGCCUUAGGCCUCUCUGCUAGUUCCAGCUACUCUGUGGGCCAGACUGUAGCUUAUGUGGCCCAUGGCUCCUUUGCUGAGUAUACAGUUGUGCCAGCCAGCAUGGCGACCCCCGUGCCCUCCUUGAAACCCGAGUAUCUCACCCUGCUGGUAAGUGGCACCACUGCAUACAUCAGCCUGAAAGAGCUUGGCGAGCUGUCCGAAGGGAAGACCGUUUUGGUGACGGCAGCCGCCGGGGGGACGGGCCAGUUUGCUGUGCAGCUCUCCAAGAAGGCCAAGUGCCACGUCAUCGGGACCUGCUCUUCUGAGGAAAAGUCAGCUUUUCUGAAAUCCGUGGGGUGUGAUCGCCCCAUCAACUACAAAACUGAGAACUUGUCAACAGUCCUCAAGCAGGAAUACCCCAAAGGCAUCGAUGUGGUCUAUGAGUCUGUCGGGGGAGCCAUGUUUGACGUGGCUGUGGACGCCUUGGCCACCAAAGGACGCCUGAUAAUAAUUGGGUUCAUCUCUGGCUACCAGAGCCCCACGGGGCUUUCACUGGUAAAAGCAGGGGCUCUGCCAGCCAAACUUCUGAGGAAAUCUGCCAGUGUCCGGGGCUUCUUCCUCAACCACUACCUGUCCACGUACCAGGCUGCCAUGGAACAUUUGCUUCAGCUGUAUGCCAGCGGGGACCUGGUCUGUGAGGUGGACCUGGGACAUCUGGCCCCCGAGGGCAGGUUCAUUGGCCUGGACUCGGUAUUCCGAGCUGUCGAUUAUAUGUACAUGGGGAAAAACACUGGGAAAAUUGUAGUUGAAUUACCUCACUCUGUCAACAGUAAGCUAUGAAAACAGAACAAUGACAUAAAUCAAAAGAGAAAAAUAAUGAUCACUUUAUGCCUCUGUCUGAAUUACUCAUCUCAAUUUGGUAAUGGAUAUAAUAUUUCUUAAAAGUAAGGUGUUAAAAUCUCAAUCUCUCUCUCUGCCCCUCUCUCUCUCUCUCUCUUUCCUCCCUUGGAAAAAAAAUAAUAAUAAAUGUACCCCUAUAAAAGUUGGCCUCUACAGCUGAGUGGUAGAACGUUUACAUUAGAUUCUUUAGUCAUGGACAGUCUCAUUCCAGAUUUUAUUGUUCUAAGGAAGUAAAUUAAUUCCUGAUGCAGGACCUGAUGGGAUCAGUGUGUCCUCAGUUUGAUGAGAUUUUUAAAUCAGUCUUGAAAAUAGCUUACCAGUGUCUCUGGCUUUGGUAGCGUUUACUCUUGUGUGAAUAAAUGGUUCACAAGUAAGAAGGUAGCAGAAGUCAGCCUUACAUUGUCAUAGGCCAUAUGCGAGGAUGGGGGGGUGCCUUUCCUUUUUCCCUAUAAGUCAUGAACCAACUUUCUAAAUAGACCCGAACUUGUUACUAGAAAAGCAAUUCUACAAACACAGACAUAUUUUAAGGAAGUAUCUCCUGUUUGAUGGUGCCUAUAAAUAUUUGCUCUAGUAAGAAGUGUGUAAAAUGACAAAUUUCCAUUCUUUUAAGAAGCAAAUUACUGUUAGACACAUACGCAGCUAGAAAAUGGGUUUUACAAAGGGAAUCUAUAGAGGAACUUUGUAAGAAUCAUGUAGCUGAUAGACUAAUGUACAGAGAAAACCAUGAGCUACUUCCUUAGGGAAGUUAGUGUAACACAGCGAGACAGAUCGCAGAGGGGUGUGCACACACUGCAGGCAUGCACAAGGGUUGGUAACUGCAUACUCUGUGCCCGAGGAGCGAAUGGCACUCAGCUCUGCAUACUGUACAGACCCAAAUCGUGUAAAAUAAUAACUCUUUGCUUCUCUGAGGCCUGGGGACAGGGAAGGUGUGCUUGAACUCUGGUGGGAGCAUUACUGCAAGUCAGGGAUUCUGUGUUCCCAUUUCACUUCUCCAGUAUUAAUGGGCCACCUACUACAGUAUGCUGGCAUGUACAUGCCAAUCAACUAAUGUGCCCCUCCAUAUCUGACCCACUGACCUUUAACCUUCAGUGCCCAAAGGCUGCCUGCCACUUUUCGCCAUGAAAUUGAAGCUCACGGUGCGUUUCCCUUAGAAGGUGAAACCCACCAGAUGCUUUUCUUUUUUCUUUCUCUGUCUUUUUUUUUUUUUUUUUUUUUUUUUUGAGUCGGGUUUUAGUGAUCAAACGUGCUCACUCAAUAGGAACACAGUUUAACUAUGCACGUGCCAAGAAAGUUGGGGGCGGGGGUUAGAUUUAAUUCUUUCCUUGCAUCUCAGGAGCAAGGGAAUCCUGCUGGUGAGUAGCUGUUACUAUCUAUUUUACAAGAUUUACUCAUUUCCAGGUACCUAAUGUCGCUGCUAGCAUGCAUGCACAACAAUACAAUUUAUAUGGUAAAUGGAACCAAAUCAUGGCUUCACUGAAUGUUAUGGCUGCACUGAAGGGAAAUGUCACGGUAAAUAGCUGCCAAAUUAUGGAUCAUGCCGAAGUGUCACCACGGCACUAAAGACAAAUAGCCCUAGAGGCUACUGCCACGGUGACGCGCUUGAGUUAUGAAGAAGGGUAGCGGCCUGACGCAAGGCUCUUUGUGUCCUGGUUGUAGCAAAGGGCUGUUGGUGCAGGGGACAAGAAAGGCUCAUCCGAUGUGGUACUUCGGUUGUGAAUCUGUCCCUUUCAGUCCCAGCCACUGUAGCGAAAGAGAAAAGGGACUUUGCCUGGCACUUCUGGAUGCAAACAAACAAAAGGGGAGGGGGGCCAGGUUUCAUGAAUGUUACUAUGCACAGGAAAUGACUGGUAAUGGAAAAAUGUUGUAAUAAAAUCAUCUAAUCAAAGAAUA